AUGCCCAGCAACACCGGCAGCAACCCUGACCCUGCUCGCCAGGCCGGCGCCGCGGCCUUCAUCCUACCAUUUCUCAAUCGCGACACCAAUGUCAUCGAAUGGAAGGCAUACGACAGCAACGGCAAUGAGGGCUCGGCGGCGUUCAUCAAGUACCCCAACGCCGACCCUACCAUCCCAGGUGAUCUUGGCUUCAUGACCAUGGCGCAGAAGGAAGCAGCGAUCGCCCAAAACGACGCAGCUGAGCGCCAGCGCUGUGCUGAGUGGAACGACGAACUGGCCAUCUACCUGGCACGUCGACAGGUCUUCGAGGCACAGCAUGGCACGGCGCCGGAUGCCAGCGGUCUGAGCGAGGCCGACUUCAAAACUCCAAACCUUCUCCAGCCCUUCUUCGAUGCGAUGCGCGACAACGCUACCUGA